AUGUUUGUAAUAGACUGGAGCGUGCAGCUGUGCAUAGGGGUACUGGGGCCCGUGUUCCGUGCUCUCGUGCAAUUGCCUCUGUCGAUUUUCAUCUGGAAUGGGUUCCAGCUCGUGGCAUUGCCCGUCAAUAUCCCACUGAAGCUGUUUCUGGGCACGUCGCUGUAUCGUCUUGUUGCUCACACGGGUGCCGUGGACUACUACGUGGUCUUGACGCUGUUCCAGUACCUGGCUGUGCUUUGCGCAUUCGGUGGCAUUAUAGGGCUCAUCUCCGGCUUCGUGUUUGGCGUGUUCCAUUCCAUUUGCGGUGUGCCCAGUGUGUAUGUCAGUCUCGAGUGGAAGCCAUGGUUUGCACCGGUACACAGGUUCUUUGAACGUGUCUCCACUACCAUUAUCAACAUCAUGCAAGGCCAAACCACCGCUCCGAUACCCAUGUCUAUGCCCAUGCGCAUGUCAAGCCUUGGUAAGAAGCACCCCAACGAGAGGGAAGAGGAAGAAAUCGAUGAUGCGACUAUAACACACGAAAACAAUGGCUACAUGACUCCCUGUCAGACCCCCACUAAUGAAAAAUUUCAGCAUUAUAAUAAUGAUUCAUUCAAUACGACCACUACAGACGAUGAACCCACUGAUAUCUGGGAUAGAUCCGAUACUUACCAAAACUCGUUUGCCACCAACGAGACCCUAAUGUCUCUUUCCAAUAGAGCCAACCUUYGAAGAAAUGUGAGUGAUGCCGACAUCGUUAAUAUCAAGGCUUUAAGAAGAAAUUCAAGAUGA